AUGAUAUUUGGGAGACUUCUGGCACCAGACUCCCCUGGAGCAUGGAAGGAGCUUGACCCAAGUCAAUGGCUAGCUUUCAACGGUGUAAGCGGUCUCAACAUUGCUGGCCCUGGUAGAAUCAAUGGAAGGGGCAAGGCCUGGUGGGAUCAGUCAUGCAGAGACCACCCACGCCUGGUGGGAUGCAGUACAUUGGCCCCAACUAUUGAAGCAACAUUUGACCUUAGUUUCAGGGGCACUAGAACAAUUAAGCCUUAUUUAUAUGAUGGUGAAGCGCAGGCAGUGAAGUUGGUGUCGUGUAAGAACAGCAGCAUCAGUGAGAUUCAUUUCGUAAACAGCUCUCAAACCCAUAUCCUAAUCAGAGAUUGUGAUGGGAUCAACAUAGAAAACGUACUGAUUGAAGCUCCAGAGAGGAGCCCCAACACUGAUGGCAUUCACAUCUCAGCCUCUCACAAUGUGGUUAUCACCAACGCCAUUAUAGGCACCGGUGAUGAUUGUGUGUCCAUUGGAGACCAUACAUCCAACAUAGUCAUCUCCUAUGUUAAAUGCGGUCCGGGUCAUGGAAUUAGCAUUGGAAGCUUAGGGAGGAGUGGGAAUUUUGUUCAGGUAGAGAACAUUCAUGUAAGUAAGGUACACCUCCAAGGAACUACCAACGGAGCUCGGAUCAAGACAUGGCAGGUCGGCAGAGGCUAUGUCCGGCGGGUCACAUUCGAGGACAUCUUUUUUUGGUCCGUCAAGAACCCCAUAAUUAUCGAUCAAAACUACUGCAACAAAAGUGGUGCCUGCAAGGAAAUGGAAACUGGGGUUCACAUAACUGAUGUCUCCUUCAAUCAAUUGUAUGGGACAUCUAGUUCCCGUGUAGCUAUGAAUCUGAAUUGCAGUCGCUCAGUUGCUUGCACCAGUAUAUAUUUGAAGUCAAUAUACCUUAGAUCUGCUCUAGCAGGGCAGAAUGUGACUUCUAACUGCACCAAUGCCCACGGCAUUGCCUUCGGAGUAAUUCAACCAGACCCCUGCCUCCAAAUUUGA